CAGCUGUUCUGCUUGUUUAUUUGUUUUUCCUGGUCGUGGUUAGCAAGGUUUAACCGUAAAUUUUCGUUUGGUUUUUAUAAUCAACCUAAACCUUUAUUGGCUAAGAUGAAAUUUUACUUUAUCUCGUCUUGAAUGAUCCGGAGCAUGGAGACUUGGGAGCAGAUCAUACCCACGGUGCCCAUUACACAGGAGCAGGUGGACUCCAAGCUUCAGUGUACCGUGUGCUGUGAGGACUUCCAGGUGCGGGAGCCGGUGAGUCUGCUGGAGUGUGCCCACGUGUUCCACCCCUCGUGUAUCCACCCUUGGCUUCAGCUCAACACGACCUGUCCGGUGUGUCGCCACGACCUGCAGGCCUCGGAGAACCCCCAGGUCUCCGGCGAGGAGGGCGAACAGGAUGUGGAGAUGUCGACCUCGGACUCCUCCUCGGACGAUGGACUCUUCACCGUAUCCUCGCAGGACAUGAUGUUCACCAUACCAUCUCAAGACAUGAUGUUCACUAUCAGCCUCCAGGGCUCUGGAGCUCUGGAGGACUGUGAGAUGGCCGAGGAGAUACUAUCGGCCACACUCAAUGUCGGAGAUUCCGACUCGGACUGGAGUCUCUCUAUGAUUUCCUGCUUCUCCAGCUCCUCCGACGAAGCGUCAGACAAUGACUGAAGAUCAUUUAACUAUAAAUGUGGUAGGCUAUCUAAAGUUACACUUGUAUUUUUCUUUAAAGCAUUCUUUAAACAUUUCGUACUUUGUUUGCUGUUUAAUGACAAUCGUCCCUAUGUUUAAGGUAAUAAAUACAAUAUCUGUUUUUA